UGGCUUUAAGCGAUAACGGUCGACGGUGCGCGCAGUCGGCAAAGUUAAUCGUUCAAUCGCUAUCUUUACUGUGCAUCCUUUGACAAUGAGAAUAUCAUUUUGAACCAAGUGUUGAACGCAGAAUUUAUGAAAAUUUAUGUUUAACUUAAAUGGUGUGCGAUCUGUUUUUGGUGUGCCGUUUAUGCAACCGAUUUUGAGUUGUACGAUUACAUGUGGAUCCAGUUGUGGAGCAGUUGACUAACGCUCCUUUAGUAUACAGAACGGUGGCGGUAUCUUGGGUGGAUGCUCUUGACGCUGUGAUAUCGCCGUUGAAGCCGUGUCGCCAUCACCUCUGUGAAACUCUAGCAAACCGGCUAAUCGAAAUCUCAUCCAAUCCGGUAGAGUGGUUGCGGAUUCGCACGGCGCUCAAAUGGAACGGCCACAAAUUAACCGCAAAAGCGUCCACCGGAGAUGCGCGGCAGAAUCAAAGCGUCAGCCCCAAUCAGUGGCCUCGAACAGUCUGAGCGCUGGGCGCCGAUACUCCCGCUGUUGAUGCUGCUUUCGUUUCGCUUCACUUGCGUGCGCGCGAUCGAAGUGAUCAGUCCGUCAGACGGACGAACGGACGGGCGCGCCUCCCUGCUUUAACUUGACGGCAAGGUGGCGCGUGGGCCGCUCUUCCCUCGCAGUAGUGAUCUCCGCAAAGCGACAGUGACACCACGAUACGAAAUACGAUAGAUUGCGGCGUGAUGGGCGGUACCAAGGGGUAUCGCUCAAGUGUGGCACGGAUCCCCAUGACAUUAACCGGAAAAAAGUGGCGAAGCGUGUGAUCUGCUGAUCGGAGUGAAACGCGUGGCCUGCGUGUGAUUUUUGUGCUAAAAACUCCUGAUUCGUGCUAAAAACUAAACGAACUGAAGAAGCUUAUUAAGUGCAUUCUAUACUCCUAGUGACUGAUUUGUAGUGUGGCAGUUAAAGAUCGUGUUUGGAACAAAAGAAAAGGGGGAAAAAAACAAAAUGAUUUCCCAUGGCAAUCGCUUCUUCAUCGUACUGCUGGCAUUGAGCUUUCGUUCCGCUGACUCCAGACACCAGGGCAUCUACACGCAUCAUCUUGGCGAAGCGAGCCAGCUAGUAAUACCGCGAAAGGUAAACCAUCUCGGUGAGACCAUCACGCAUGUCUUAACACAUCAUCACGAACAUCACCGCCGACGGCCGCACGAUGGCGACGAUGCAUCCGAGAGCGGAGGACAGCAUCGUCGGCGGCGCCGUAGCACCCCGGCAGAAGACAUUCCUCCUCCUCCUCCUGCUUCCCAUCCGGAUCUGCAGCUGCAAUAUCACAUCGAUGUCGGCGAUGAAACACUCCACCUGGAACUCGAACCAUCGACGGCAUCGUUUGUAGCGCCAUUAAUGGUGGUCGAGCGGCAUCGUCGCGACGUCCGGACGCGUGUUCAUCCGCCCAAGCACAUAAACUGUCAUUAUCAAGGUCAAAUCCGAGGUCACGACCAUUCGCGGGUGGCGCUAUCGGCCUGCAACGGACUGGCCGGUGUUUUGCGAACCAAUCGGACCGAGUACUGGAUCGAACCGUCCAAAAACCAUCAACCAGGACCGAACGGAGAGCAUCCGCACGUGCUCUUCAAGCGAGCCGAUGUCAAAGAAACACCAAUCAAGAAAAACAUGAAAUUGGCAACCAACAAGAAGAGGAAACGAAAGCGCAAGAAACGUCAUCUGAGUAAUUGCGGCACCAGAGAACCUCGGCGGCUCACAGAGACACGGCUAGAAUGGCAACACCAGGGCAAGGUUCUGGUGCAAGGUGGUAGGAAAGCGCGAAAUCACCUGCCCGAUAUCGAGGAAACCCAGCGACGAUAUGGUACCAGCGAAGCACCACCACGUGCCGCGAGAUCGGACAAACAGCCACGGCACCGGCGACGCAUUAAGCGAUCGAUCAGCAAACCGCGCCACGUUGAGGCGCUUGUCGUGGCCGACCAUUCGAUGGUGCUGUUCCACCAGGACGUCGAUCUGCAGCAGUAUCUACUGAUGAUCAUGAAUAUGGUUUCCUCACUGUACAAGGACCCAACGAUCGGUAACUCCAUUCAGGUGGCGGUGGUGAAAAUCAUAAUUCUAGAGGAGGAAGACUCGCAUGCCGACUUCAACGUCACGCACAUGGCUGGCAACACGCUGGAGAACUUUUGUCGGUGGCAGCGAAGCCUGAAUCCCAAGCCGGAUGAAGAUCCACAUCAUCACGACGUGGCCAUUUUAGUGACGAGGAAAAACAUCUGUUCCAAUCAUGGAUGCGCGACGCUUGGUGUGGCCAACGUUGGCGGCAUGUGUCGGCCGGAUAAAUCGUGCAGCGUCAACGAGGACAACGGCAUCACUUUGGCGCACACGAUAUCGCAUGAGCUGGGCCAUAAUUUCGGAAUGUACCACGAUACGGCGAAAACCGGUUGCGAUCAUCGCAUUGGACCGAUACUGCACAUCAUGACACCGAGCUUCGAAGCGGACACUAUGCAAGUGUCCUGGUCCAACUGCAGCCGUCGGGACAUUACCCAUUUUCUCGAUCAGGGCCUUGGAAAGUGCCUCGAGGAUGAGCCAAGUCAAGAGGAGUACGAGUAUCCCGAGCUUCCCCCGGGAGCAAUGUACAAUGCGGACCUCCAGUGCCGGCUGCAGUUCAACUCUACCGACGAGGAAAUGACCGUAUGCUCCAAGCUGGGCGAAAUUUGUACACAGCUGUGGUGUCUGGUGGAUGAGGUUUGCACUACGAUGCUGAGACCGGCCGCUCCCGGUACGAACUGUGGUCGUCGGAUGUGGUGCCAGAACCAAAAGUGCGUCGAUGUCGAAGAACUUCCCGCUCCGGUGGAUGGUGGCUGGGGUGACUGGAGUCCGUGGAGUGAAUGCUCCCGAACCUGUGGUUUCGGAAUUGCCAAGCAAACCCGUGAAUGUGAUCAUCCUUCUCCUGCUCACGGUGGAACGUUCUGCAUUGGGGAACGGGCACGGUACAAAACGUGCCACUUGCAGCCGUGCCCCAUCGGUAGUCCAAGCUUCCGGGCUCAACAAUGUUCUUCGCAUGAUAAUGACACGAUCAAGGGCGAACAGUACACCUGGUUACCGUAUUUCGAUAAAAAUGAACCGUGUGAGCUUUACUGUAGCAACGCAGAGGACACAAUGAUUGUGCCUUUCGGAGAUACUGCCGCUGAUGGAACGCUCUGUAAUCUCGGUACGAACGAUAUGUGCAUCGGUGGCAUCUGUCGCCGAGUCGGGUGUGAUUGGGUCGUCGAUUCCAACACGACCGAAGAUCGAUGUGGCAUUUGUGGCGGAGCUGGAGACACAUGCUACGUAAAGAAGGGAGAAAUCGCCAAAAAACUAAACACCACCGAUGGCGUGCAGGAUGUACUGAUGAUUCCGUUAGGAGCGAGAAACGUGCGGAUUGAGGAAAUAGCACCCUCCAAAAACUUUAUCGGUGUCAGCAAGGCUACGAGCAGUGAAUGUUACCUGAACUGCAACCAGUUCAUUCAACUUCCUGGCGAGUACGAAGUGGCUAGCAGUUUGUGUCUUUACGAGCGCGAGAAUGAGCAAGAACGCCUGAAAAUACCGGGACCCAUAAUGGAGGAUAUUAACAUCUUUGUCGUUAUCAAAAAGAAACACAACCACGCAGGAAUACGAUUCGAGUAUACGCUUCCAUCGAACAACGCCCACAAUCAAUCGAUCUACUACUGGAAGUUGACGGAAUGGUCCGUUUGUUCCGCGACCUGCGGUGGUGGACAGCAGAGCCGUGAAUCGGUUUGCUUCCACCGAGGCAAAGGUCCUGUGAACGAGGAACUAUGCGUUCGGCAUGCGUACGGCAAGCGGCACGAACGGAUUGUGCGCGAUUGUAACGAUGAUCCGUGUCCGUUCAACUGGUGGGUUGGACCAUGGCAGCUAUGUCCAAUGACCUGUACCCGAUCCGGUGAGCCCGGUCCUGCGCGUCGAAGAUCGAUCCUCUGCGUCGAUAGUAAUUCGAAUGCACGGCCCGAUAUGUACUGCGACAAUAAACCGCGCCCACCAGACCAUGAACCGUGUGGGAGCGGGUUGCCAGUCUGUCAGGACAGCAAAAGUGUCCAUGUGACCGAAUCGGCGAGUACCGUUGGACCCGACCAGAGCACCACCACUUUGCUUCCAGAGCUUCCCUCACCCUCAACACUGGCUGACUACGAGGUCAGCAACAUCAUCUGAGGCUACGAUCCGGCGGAGCAUCACAGCGUCCGAAGUAAGGCAUAUGUUAUAUUAACAUUCAUUGUACUGCUUCAUCUUGUUACAUUUGCGUAUCGGAGCCCGGUGCUUCGAGAUUAAAUUAUCAGUACAAACAAACAAACAAAAAAACAAAACCACGAAACCGAACGAGCCAACGAGAAUGAGCGUACGGAGCGGUAUCAGUGGCGGUUUAUUAUCCAUGGAGUGUGUACGUGUGUGCGUGUGUAUGUGUUUUGGAUGUAUUAAACAUUAUUUAAUAAAAUAAAUACUUUUCCUUUUUA